AUGCCACAUCCACGAUCGGCACAGUCAGAUGUCAGUGAUGCUGACAUGGAGGGACUACAAGAGCAGGAGCUAGUCAACCUACAGAGAAGUUUUCGUAUGAUGGAAGGAGAGAGGGCUAUGUACACAGAGGAAUCCCAGAAUGUGAUUCGCAAGCAGAAACAGGAGAUCAAGUUACUGGUGGCAGAGAAGUCUGAGUUACUGAAGGAGCUAAAGCUGGCAGAGUCUAGAUCCAACCAGAUCAAGGACGAGGGGAAUAAAGAAGCUUUGGUUACUUUACUGGAGACAAAAGAUAAACAUGAGGAAGCAAUGAAAGAACAAGAAGAAAUGCAAAAAGAACUUGAUGCUAAAAUUAGAGAAUGGGAAAGAAAAAUCAAAGAACACCACAAAAACGUGGGAGGAGCACAAACUGGCACUAAACACACAACCCAGGCUCAGAAUACACAGCGUGUUCUAGAAAAUCGUCUGGACCAGGCCAAGAAAAAAUUCAAUAGCUGCCUAAGUUACAAUGCAAAGCUUCGAGAUGAAAUUGAAGGUCACCGCAAUGAGCACAGAAAAUUUGAAACACUGUACAAAAAGUUGGAGAAGGAGUUGAAGAAUUUAAGGAAAGAAAUGGCAGAAGUUAUAGAGGCAUCAACUGCUGCUUACGAUGCUCGCGAUGAUGCCCAGGCAAAGAUGGUUAUGCUACAAGAAAAGGCCGACAAAGAUCUCCAGCAACACAACACAGAGAUGAAAGAACUUGUACGCAUCAUUGACCACGAUCGUAAGCUGAAGGAAUUUAUGAGCAUCAAAGGUCAGGACAGACAGGAAGACCCACAGUUGGUUGCCUGGAGACAGCGCAAAGAAGCCCUAGAAAUGGAGAAAAAGAAGGAUAGUCAAGAAGAUUCUGUGGAGACUUAUGAAGAAGCUUUUAUCAGAAUUAGAGAGUUGACAGGAGAAGAAGAUAUUGAUGUCCUAGUCAACCGGUUUAUCAAGGUGGAGGACACGAACUUUGCACUCUUCAACUAUGUGAAUGAACAGAACAGUGAGAUUGAGAAACUGAAUGAGGACAUCUCUGCUAUUGAGAAGGAAAUUGAGAACUUCAAGAGCCAGAGCAUUGAACUGGAGUCUCACCGAAAACAAAUCUUGAAAAGCCUGGAAGAAAGGCAAAGCAAAGCUACCCGUGAAGCACAUGAAUACACUCAGAAACACAAGGAAGUGAUGAAGAUUUUGGAUCAGUUGAAAUCAGGAAUUGAGUCCGUGUUCAACAAAACCAACUGUGACAGAUCUGCUAUUGACAACAUGCUGGGCGCAUCCUCUGGCAUCACGGACACUAACAUGAUUCAGUAUCUAGGCAUUAUUGAACAGAGGACAAAUGAACUGUUGGCCAUACAGGCUUUCUGCACCCAGAAGGACCAAGAAAAGGCUGACCUCAAAAGUGUGAGCUUUUUGGGAGAAGGGCCAUCACCACCACAGCCUCCUCCACCAGUUAUCCCUCCAUCAGUUGGAGAUGAGUAUGAAAGUGAAGCCAGUGAAGAAGAAGACGAAGAAGCUCGACCAUUAACACGGGAAGAGUUACAAAAAAGAGUUCUGAAGACAGUUAAAAAGCGAGAGGUUGCAGCCGUGAAAGAUGGAUUUAAAUAUGACCUAAGUGUAUCCAGGGAGAAACUGCAGAAAAAACGAGAAGGAAAGAAAACAGAAGCGGCAAACUGGUAG